UGGAUCUCGCCGACCGUCAGCCUCGGUCCCAAUCAGUCCACUUAACGCGUCCACGAGGGGUUUAUCCGGCUGAAGCCUCGGAUAAUCCGGAUCAUCCAGAAAAAGUAUCUUGGCUGAAGCUGGAGCUCGCAGACAGAAUCUCACACAAGGGCCACAGGCUGAAUGCUCCGCUCGGGGCCACGCUGAGCGCACGUUACAAGAGACUGCCGCAGAAAUGCCCCUGAGCCGCUCCCUCUCCGUCAACUCGCUGAAUGGCCUCCCUCAGUGGGACGAGGAAGAGCUUCCUGUGGAGGAUUUGCUUUUAUUUGAGGUCUCGUGGGAAGUCACAAAUAAAGUCGGAGGGAUCUACACCGUCAUCCAGACGAAAGCCAAGAUCACGGCGGACGAAUGGGGUGAAAAUUACUUCAUGAUUGGUCCUUACUACGAGCAGAACGUCCGGACCCAGGUGGAGAUCUGCGACCCUCCAAUCCCAUCUGUCGCCAAAGCUUUGGAUUUGUUACGAGCCAAAGGGUCUCAGGUGUAUUUUGGACGGUGGCUGAUCGAAGGGAAUCCCUACGUGAUCCUUUUUGACAUCGGUUCUUCUGCGUGGAACCUGGAUCGCUGGAAAGGGGAGUUCUGGGAGGCGAGUAACAUCGGGAUUCCGUUCCACGACCGGGAAGCCAACGACGCUUUGAUUUUUGGGUCACUGACCGCCUGGUUCCUAAAAGAGCUCGCGGACCAAUUCCAGGAUAAGCCAAACAUCCUGGCGCACUUCCAUGAGUGGCAAGCAGGUGCGGGGUUAAUUCUGUCUCGGUACAGGAAGCUCCCCGUGGCCACGAUAUUUACCACCCAUGCCACGCUGCUGGGGAGAUACCUCUGUGCUGCAAGCGUGGACUUCUACAACCGGCUGGACCAGUUUGAUCUCGAUCGAGAGGCCGGGGAGAGGCAGAUUUACCAUCGUUACUGCAUGGAGCGAGCGUCUGUCCACUGCGCCCACGUAUUCACCACCGUGUCCCAGAUCACCGGCAUCGAGGCGGAGCACAUGCUGAAACGGAAGCCCGAUGUUAUUACUCCAAAUGGCCUCAAUAUCAAAAAAUUCUCAGCCGUCCACGAGUUCCAGAACCUGCACGCGAUGUAUAAAUCCCGGAUCCAGGAAUUUGUCCGCGGACAUUUCUACGGACACCUGGAUUUUAACCUGGAGAAGACGCUGUUUUUCUUCAUCGCUGGGAGGUACGAAUACUCCAAUAAAGGGGCCGACAUUUUCCUCGAGACGCUCUCCCGGCUCAACUUCCUGCUCCGGGUUCACCGGAGCGACGUCACCGUCGUAGUGUUUUUCAUCAUGCCGACAAAGACGGAUAAUUUUAACGUGGAGACGCUGAGAGGCCAAGCGGUCAGGAAGCAGCUGUGGGACACGGCUCAUUCCGUGAAGGAGAAGUUCGGGAAGAAGCUUUACGAGGCUUUGCUAAAGGGCGAAAUUCCGGAUCUGAACAAAAUUCUGGACCGAGAUGACUUGACGGUCAUGAAAAGGGCGAUAUUCUCCACGCAGCGCCAGUCCCUGCCGCCGGUGACCACUCACAACAUGGUGGACGACUCAGCGGACCCGAUUCUGAACACCAUCAGACGGAUCGGACUUUUCAACAGCCGCUCAGACAGAGUAAAGGUGGUCGUUCACCCCGAGUUCCUGACGUCCACCAGUCCGCUGCUGCCGCUGGAUUACGAGGAGUUCGUGCGCGGCUGUCACCUGGGGGUUUUCCCGUCUUACUACGAGCCCUGGGGGUACACGCCGGCCGAAUGCACCGUGAUGGGGAUCCCGAGCGUCACGACCAACCUGUCCGGGUUCGGGUGCUUCAUGCAGGAACACGUAGCCGACCCUGCUGCGUACGGAAUAUACAUCGUGGACAGGCGCUUCCGCUCCCCGGACGAGUCGUGUAACCAGCUGACGCAGUUACUCUACGCUUUCUGCCAACAAUCCCGUCGCCAGCGGAUCAUCCAGCGGAACCGGACCGAGCGGCUCUCCGACUUACUGGACUGGCGCUACCUGGGCCGAUUUUAUAUGCAUGCGCGACACCUUGCCCUCUGCAGGAGCUUCCCUGACCGCUUCCAAAUGGAGCCCAGCGCCCCGCCAAAGACCGAUGGCUUCCGCUUCCCGCGGCCUUCAUCGGUCCCCCCGUCCCCCUCGGUCUCCCAGCAUUCCACCCCCCACCACAGUGAAGAUGAAGACGACGACGAUGAGGAGGAGAGGUACGACGAAGACGAGGAGGCAGAGAAAGAUCGGCAGAACAUCAAAUCCUUGUUUUCUCUCGAGCAAGCGCCUCACGGAAAGAAGAAAAAACACGGCGAGAACAGAAACUGAAACGUUGAGACAUUUCCGAAAAUAUAGAAAUUCCACGUUUAGAAAUUUAGAGGUAAAAAAAAAGCUUUUUGUGAAAAUCUACAGAUAUUUUAAAUCCGCCUAAAACGCUCUUUUUCCGUUUCCCAAAACGAACAUGAAACCCUAAAAAAUAAAAAAAAGAAAGAAAGAAAAA